CACUCCAACCACAACCAUCUCAUUUUUAUCUAUAUAUAUAUAUUCCUCUAAAACAAUAGAUAUUAUUACAUUGGCAUUUUAAGAGAGAUAUAUCUUUUUUUUUUCAAGCAACAAAACCUUCAAGAAGCUGAAAAGCCAACAAAAGGGUGCAUAAAUUGUUGAGAACUCAGACAUGGCUUGUGGGUGUUCUUCAACAACAUUGGCAGAGAAGAUUUCAUGGAAUUGUUCUGUGUUUGUGGCACUAAUGCUGGUUUUGAGUAGCUGCGAGUCAAACACAAGUGAUUUCACAAGUCAGAUGAUGCUUCAUGGGAGUGUCACCGGCAAUAUUAGCAACAACAACAACAAGGCGUGUGAUGAGAUUUACGUGGUUCGUGAGGGAGAGACGCUACAAACAAUCAGUGAAAAAUGUGGGGAUCCUUAUAUUGUUGAAGAGAACCCACAUAUCCAUGAUCCUGAUGAUGUUUUCCCUGGCCUAGUUAUCAAGAUUAACCCUUUCACCAAUAGAGGCUAAAAUGUUUCAAUUUGGGAUAAUGUUUCUUCUACCCAAGGUUCUGCUAUGUGAUACAAGGUUACAUGUAAGUCUUUGUUUGUAGAAAGGGCAUCUCAUGUAUGCAUUAUUAUGUAACCAAUUACGGUUUCAAUUUCCGCGCGAAUUGCUCGUCUUUAGAAGGAUGGAAGCAUAAUACAUCAAAUCAAAGUGGUUAUGAACUUCCACCUCAAUUUUUUCUGAACGAUUUGUGAUUUUGUAUGAGAGCACGUAUUGUAGCGAAGUUUUUGUGUAAAAUAUAUAUAGA